UUUGGUAUUUCUGUGGAGCACAGUAGUAGCUGGGACAGGUUUGUUGUCCGAGGAGGUCAAAAAUACAAGUCUCCUGGAAAAGCUUAUGUGGAAGGCGAUGCUUCAAGUGCUAGCUACUUCUUGGCUGGAGCGGCCGUCACAGGUGGAACUGUCACUGUUGAAGGUUGUGGGACAAGUAGUUUACAGGGGGAUGUCAAAUUUGCUGAGGUUCUUGAGAAAAUGGGAGCAGAAGUUACGUGGACAGAGAACAGCGUCACAGUCAAAGGACCACCAAGGAAUUCUUCUGCAAUGAAGCAUUUGCGUGCCAUUGAUGUGAACAUGAAUAAAAUGCCUGAUGUUGCUAUGACACUUGCUGUAGUUGCACUUUUUGCCGAUGGUCCCACUGCUAUAAGAGACGUUGCUAGCUGGAGAGUCAAGGAAACUGAGCGCAUGAUCGCCAUAUGCACAGAACUUAGGAAGUUGGGAGCAACUGUUGAAGAAGGGCCAGACUACUGCAUAAUCACCCCACCUGAAAAAUUAAAUGUGACCGAAAUUGAUACAUACGACGAUCACAGAAUGGCCAUGGCUUUUUCUCUUGCUGCUUGUGCAGAUGUUCCGGUCACCAUCAACGACCCUGGCUGCACUCGGAAAACCUUCCCAAACUACUUUGAUGUCCUACAGCAGUACUCCAAGCAUUGAAACCGCUUCACUAUGUUGUAGAGUGUAAGAAAGAACAGGUAAAAGAAUUUAGUUCUUGUACAAGACGGGCUAUAACUGGUAUCUGAACCACUCUGGUGUUGACUUCAGAUCAGAAGGGCAUCGAUCCAAGGCUUCGAACUCUUUAAUUA